UGAGUGAGUCUGCAGCCGAUGCAGAGGUAAGGGGCAUAUAGAAAGAAGGAGCAGAAGGGCUGGGUCUGUACCAGCGUGGGGCUGUGUAUAGGAGUCAGAUUUUCCUGGAAACCAGCAGCCACAGAAGAGAAAGUGAGAGAGAGGAAGACAGAUUUUCACUGGACACUCCCAGUUCCUGAAGACUCUGUGCAAGACUGGCACUCCCCCCCCCCCCCCCCGGCCACUCCCAGCACACAUGCUCAGGAAGAUGACUUGACUCUGGCCACACUUUUUCAGUCAGAGACCUCUGGAGAAAAGUCUACUCUCCAGACCCUAUCUAGUGGAGAUCUGCCAGAGCCUGCUUCUCUCCUCACCUUAGCUGGCGACCCAGCAGAGGGAACACCUAGCUUUGGUGGGGUACGUUUUCACUGCGUAGACUUCAUCAAGGAUCGCGAUGGAUCCUCCUCAACUUUCACGACACAAAGAUGAUGCUGACCUCGAGGUGAUGAUGGCGGGGUCGACCUUCAGGAAGGUCAAGUCCCGUUCCUGGAAGAAACCGAGACACUUCCGGCUCUUGGAGGAUGGGCUGAACAUCUGGUACAAGUCCAGGUGGGCAGGGAGAGGCCACUCCACCUUCCUGGUGAGUGACGUGGAGGCGGUGCGGCAGGGCCACCAGUCAGAGGUCCUGCAGAGCAUUGCCGAUGAGUUCCCCCCCAACCUCUGCUUCACGCUGGAGUUCCGUGGUCGCCAGGGCAACCUGGACCUGGUGGCCGAGACCCCCGAGGAGGCAGGGGCCUGGGUCAGGGGCAUGCGCAAGCUGAUCCACAAGGCCAAGAACAUGGACGAGAAGGAGAGACUGGACCAGUGGGUGUGGGAUUGGUUCCUGAAGGCGGAUAAAAACAAAGAUGGAAGGAUGAACUUCAAGGAAGUGAGGAAACUGCUGAAGAUGAUGAAUGUGGACAUGAACGAGGACCACGCUUUUUACCUCUUUACCAUGGCUGACACGUCCAUGAGCUCGUCGCUGGAGAUCGACGAGUUUGUCAUGUUCUACAAGAUGCUGACCCAGCGCGACGAGGUGUGGAAGCUGUUCCAGGACUACUCCAGCGACGGGGAGAUGCUGAGCCGUGGCGAGCUGGAGAACAUCCUGCGGAUUGAGCAGCAGGAGGGGGACGGCUGCGUGGAGCACGCCCAGGAGCUCAUGGACCGCUACGAGCCCUCUGAGAUGGCCAGGAGCCAGGGCUCCAUGUCUCUGGACGGCUUCCAGCUGUAUCUGUGUUCCCAGGAGGGCUCCAUCUUCAACACGGAGCACAAGGACCUCUACCAGGACAUGAGCCAACCGCUCAGCCACUACUUCCUCUCCUCCUCCCACAAUACCUACUUGCUGGAGGACCAGCUCAGGGGCCAGAGCAGCCUGGAGGCAUACAUACAGGCCCUGAAGCGGGGCUGUCGCUGUGUGGAGAUCGACUGCUGGGACGGGCCCGAUGACGAGCCGGUGGUCUACCACGGCCACACCCUGACCUCCAAGAUCCUCUUCAGGGACGUCAUCGCAACCAUCAGCGAGUACGCCUUCAAGGCAUCCGACUUCCCGCUCAUCCUGUCUCUGGAGAACCACUGUGGAGUCGAGCAGCAGAGGGUCAUGGCCCAGCACCUGGAGCUGAUCCUGGGGAGCAUGCUGCUCAGAGCACCCCUCGGUGGAGAGGCUCCCCAGCAGCUGCCUUCUCCCCAGGAUCUGAAGGGUAAAAUCCUGCUGAAAACCAAGAAGAUUGGCUGUGAAACUCUGACCGAUGAAGUUAGCGAUGAGGACGAGACGGUGAACCCUGACCCUGACAGCCCAUCUACGGAUCAGGGGUCUGCAGAAUGCCCCCCCGACCCCAGCAUGAAGAAAGCAAAACUGAAGAUGUCCAGAGAGCUGUCAGACCUGGUGGUCUACUGUAAGAGUGUCCACUUCCGCGGUUUCCAGCACGCUCAGGCGCAUUACAAAUGCGACGAGAUGUCGUCGCUGUCCGAAUCCAAAGCCAGGAAGCUGGCAAAGGAAGCAGGUGCAGAUUUCGUGCAACACAACAUAAGGCAAUUGAGCCGUAUCUAUCCCAGUGGGCUCAGGACGGUGUCUUCAAACUACAACCCCCAGGAGCUCUGGAAUGUCGGCUGCCAGAUAGUGGCGCUGAACUUCCAGACAGCGGGGCUGGAGAUGGACCUCAACGACGGGCUGUUCCACCAGAACGCCGGCUGUGGCUAUGUCUUGAAGCCUGGCUUCAUGAGGGACAGCGAGCUGCCGUUCGACCCCGAGACGCCGCAGGAGCACAGCGGCUACGCUCCACUACGCCUCUCCAUACAGAUCCUCAGUGGGCAGCAGCUCCCCAAGGUGAACCAGAAGGAGGGCUCGAUCAUCGACCCGCUGGUCAGGGUGGAGGUCUACGGGGUCCCCCAGGACCUGGCUAAGGAGGAGACCAGCCACAUCCAGAACAACGGUUUUAACCCGGUUUGGAACGAGACUCUUAACUUCAUUGUCCACAACCCGGGGCUGGCCUUGGUUCGGUUUGUGGUGGAGGACCACGACAAGGCAUCCAGGAAUGACUUCGUAGGCCAGUUCACCCUUCCCUUCACAAGCAUCCGACCAGGUUAUCGACAUAUUCACCUCCUGUCUAAAGAUGGGACCUCCAUACCUCCCGCCUCUCUGUUUGUCAACGUCAGCACCUCAGAGCUAACAUCAGGACCCGACUGAGGACACCUGCACCAUGAAGCAAAAGGUUCCGAAGGAAUAGCAUGAAAGACACCAUGCUAAUGCAGCACGUUAAAAUAUCUUGAAAGAUAGCCUUGAGGAAACAAUGGCAUCGUUCCAUUUCUGAAAUGUCAUUCCAAAGCAAAGCGUACUAGCCAAGUACAAUGGGCCAAACACCGAAGACAGUAUUAACAUUUCCCCCCCAAAAAUACCCUUUUUGUGUAUUAUAUCUGGAAGGACCAGAUCUACUAUGAGCGUAUUGUAACACAGAAAACCACCAAAUCCAAACUCAGUAUGUUAGCAGAAGACUGGCUUGACCCCGUCGCCGGGAUUCAGCGUUAGUGGGAUGGACUAGUGGAUUAGUAUUAAAAGAGUAUUAUUGCAUGGACUGGAUGGCUGCAAUGCGAUGGAUUUUAAAAUGAAAUCUUCUAUGAUGAAAUCAGAUCCACUAACGACGAGUCCAGUAUGGCUUUUUAAAAUAAUCUAAACAUAUCUUACAAAGUUAAAUACCAUUCUGUGUGGUAAAAAUAAGUGACAUAUUGUUAUAUGUAUAAAAACACAAUAUUAAAUGGUUUAGAGCUACAAAACUAAUACAUACAAAAUGCCAACUAGCUGUAACCGUAUUGACGACUUAAGGACUGUGUUGAGCUUUUUAAUUGAGAAUUAGGAUACAUAGGGUCAUACCAUAUGUCAUGUAUACUGUAAAUAGAUAUAGGUGCUUAUAUGCUUGUGAUGGAUUAAACUUAAGUGAUUCUAUCACUAUGUUUCUAAGUGUCUGUUUCCUUAAAGGAACCCUAAGGAUAGCAGGACAACACAUCAUUUUGACUCAAUAUGUCAAAUAUCAGAUAUAAAUAUAUAUGAUUUGAGAAAAAUAAAGUGCUACUAAAACACUUUAACCUUUGCAGCCUGUUUUUACAAGUUAUGACAUGUUUUUACCAAAAUAGUUUUAAUAGCAGUAAAUGGAACAGUACACACACAUAUACAUCUUCAAGUUAUGCUAGUAUGGUAUACAUCCCUCCAACCUCUGCCAGCAGUGACAGGAAUGCGGCACUUUUUGGAUAUGGUCUACACUACACCACCCACAAAGGAGCAUACAAGACCUGCCCCCUAUCCCACAGGACUAUACAAAAUAUAUAAUCUGCCCCUUCAAAGACAACAGAGCCUGUGGCAGGGCAUUCAGACAUCACAGACUACAAGCCCGCACCACAGAUCUGCGACGACAACAUCUCUCUGCUCAACAACCUCAACAGCUUCUUUGCACGGUUUGAAGCCACAA